CACGGAGUUGAAAAAAAAGCAAAAUAUAGGGAAAAAAAGUAGCAAGGAUUUGAGGAGCUACAGACUGCUGCCUCUUUGGGGAAAGUGCUACCGGUAUGUAACAAAUGCAUUAUUACACAUUAUAAUAUUAAUUUAAUUGUCAGAUUGUCUUUGGAGCUGCAGUGUUUUAGAGUUUCAUCAGUAUUUUCUCCAUGAGUGAUGCAGGGGGAGGAGACAAACAGCUGGACAGUCACACAGCAGCAGCAGCAGCAGCACCUCCUCACUUGCUCCUCGUCUCCUCCUUCAUCAGAUCAAACCUGAUGAUUCAAAGAUGGAAAUCAAGUUCUGGCAGCAGCUGUGUUCAUCUUGAGAAGCAGAACCUAAAAAGAAAUCAACAUUGCAAGGACCUCAGCAAUGAUCUCCACUGUUACGUUACAAAACGUUCAGUGCAACAGUCAGAUCAGGGGCCCCGUCAGGAUCGAGCCUCGCAGGAACUCCAUUCCCCCAACGCAGAAUCGACCUGCUAAAUAUCUGCUGGCGUACCUGCCUCGACCACAGUCUGAAUCAAUCCGAUACACUCCUUACACUUAUAAGGUUAUAACUAAAUCCAGUGUUGGUGCCAUGAUGACCACAAAAAGAGGCUCUCUUAUCCACAACUUGAACUAUGCUAAGUGCUCGUCACUUCCACCAUCUCAGGAGGGUUCUCCCUCCCAGAGUCCCUUCAGCCAGUCCUCUCACGCUCUGACUUUGGCUGAGCAGGAGCAACUGCACCAACAGCACGCUAACCAAGCCGCUCCUCUGGAACCAGCAGAAGUGACCUCGAAGCCUCAGCGUUCGCAUCGCAACAGAGGCCUGAAGCGUUUCAGCUCCAGGUGGCAAUCUAGAGGCUCCACCAGCAGCAGCAACGUUCCCAUGUCUGCAAUAGAGAAGCUGAAUGGUGCAAAGAGUCACAGGAAGCGCUGUAAGCUGCUCGGGGACGACCACUCGUUGCAUGUUUCUGCCAGCAAUCAGCGGCAGCGUUACGUCACCAAGGAUGGCAAGUGCAGGGUCAAUCUGGGUCCUAUUGCAGACAAGAGUCGCUUUAUCUCAGAUAUUUUCACCACGCUAGUGGACCUCAAGUAUCGCUGGUUCCUUCUCGUCUUCACUAUGUGCUACAUUCUCACAUGGGUGGCCUUUGGUGGAAUCUACCUCUUCGGUGCCUGGUUGCGUGACGACAUUGCACAUGUUCAUGACCCACAGUGGAAGGCAUGUUUCCAAAAUGUAGACAGUUUCCUUUCAGCCCUGCUGCUGUCAUUAGAAAGCCAGAGGACAAUUGGGUACGGCUCCAGGAUGGUGACGGCCAACUGCCCCGAGGGUACGGUUCUCCUCAUGGUCCAGUCCAUCCUUGGCUCCAUUAUCGAUGCUCUCAUGGUGGGCUGCAUGUUUGUGAAAAUCUCCCGGCCACAGCAGAGAGCCCAGACGCUGAUCUUUAGCAAGCACUGUGUCAUAUGUGAGCGUGACGAGAAGCUGUGCAUGCUCUUCCGCAUUGGUGACCUGAGAGCGAGCCACAUGGUGGACGCCAAGAUCCGGGCCAAGCUGAUCAAGUCCAGGCAGACCAAGGAGGGCGAGUUCAUUCCCCUGGAGCAGUCGGAGAUCAAUCUGGGCUACGACACCGGUGGAGACAGGCUGCUCCUGGUGGAACCACAGACCAUCACCCACAUCAUCAAUGAAAGCAGCCCUUUCUGGGAGGUGGGGUCAGAGCGGUUGAAGAGGGAGACCUUCGAGAUCAUUGUCAUCCUGGAGGGCAUCGUGGAAGCAUCAGGUAUGACAUGCCAGGCGAGGACCUCCUACACACAGGACGAGGUCCUCUGGGGCCACCGAUUUGAGUCGUGCAUUUCCCUGGAGAAAGGGGCGUUUCGUGUGGACUACAGUGCAUUUGACAAAAUCUUUGAAGUCCAAAUGUCUCUACUCAGUGCAAAAGACAGGAGCACAGCAAGAGAAGAAGAAGAUUUGUUUUACACAAAUGUUGGCUGAAUAAGCAGUUUUUGUCUGCAUAUAAUGAGUGACUUUAAUCAGUAAGAUAAAUUAUCAUAUGUCAUGAAUAUUUAUCUCAGGGCAACCAUCGUUUCUGUUGUUCUGUCUUGUGUAGUAUUACAAUUUGGAAUGUUUUAUGUUGUGUUUAAACAAUAUUUUAAAAAUAAACAC